AUGGAUAUAGAUCUCGACACACACGAUAAAAAAGUUACAAAAAUCGAGGACAUAAUAGACAUACAAAAAGCAAACGGUAAUAUUCGACAGGUGGCUUUCAAGCUACCGUCUGAAAAGAACAGUAACGUCUCCAUUAAUUUAGGAAAGAGCCUAGAAACCGGGUUGUCAAAGGUUAAAGCGGAGCAAAAUAAGAAAAAGGAGAAGUUGCGACAAAAGUACCAAAGAGAUUCCGACGUGAUAUCAUGGCCGAGCGAUUCCGACAUCACUGUUUUAAGAAUGAAGCUAUGCACGAACGAUAUUAAAAGUAAAACGGACAAUGUUGCGCUGGGGGAUGGUCUGCAUCAGCUUCACAGUUCUUCCAUGGUUAACUUGGCGACACUCAUGUUACAAUCUCAAAGACCGUCUAAGCAUAGCAUCGAUGAGGAGUAUUUGAUGCCUUUGACUUCUUGGGAGAAAACUCUGGGCUCUUCAGUGUUAUCUAAAAACAAAACGAAAUCAAUCAUUCAAGCUAAUCCGGAUACUUCUGAUUUGAGAAGUUCUGGAAGUAUAUGUACAGAGAAUAAUGGCGCCUUUCCGGACAUUUCGGAAACAAGUAUAAAGUCAAAAGUAGCGAUGUUCUUACGGUUAUAUUUUUGUCCUUGUUGCUCUUGUUUGUAUAAUUUGGAACAGAUAGACGGAGAUACGAGAAAAGAUAGAGAUGCAAAACAUUCUGCUUCUUUUGCUCGAAUAUCCUGA